UACAGCAGCAGACAGGCGGCGGCCAGGACUGCGUGACACCCCGGACAACUCAGCAGGGUCUAAACCUGAACCCGUGUUCGUGAUCUUAGCGGUACAUGGAGUCUUCAGGGUGUGGUUGGAAGUCCGAGAGAUGAUGAACCUUCUGGUAGAGGACAAGAGCGCCGAGCGGAGCAAGAGAUCAUGGGGAGGACGCACAUGCUGCAGCACACCGCCGCCCCACACUGUGACAAUCACCGCCCUGUAAUCUGCUCCCACUGGGUCCGACUGGGAAGGAAACCAUCUGUCUGUGACACGGAGAUGGCGAGACGUCACUAGACGCCCCGGAGAACCGCUCGUCUCCAGAAGAACCAGAACCUAGGAUCUUCAUCACAGGAUUUACAGGAUCCACAGGAUCCACAUCAAGCGAUGGGUUCCCUGAAGGCUCUGCAGGAGUGGUGCCGCCUGCAGUGCGAGGAGUACAGCGACGUGGACGUGAAGAACAUGUCCUCGUCCUUUCGAGAUGGUCUGGCGUUCUGUGCCAUCAUCCACCGCUUCAGACCGGAUCUCAUAGACUUCUCAACGCUGUCCAAGGAGAACGUCUACGAGAACAACCGGCUGGCCUUCGAGGUGGCCGAGGCCCAGCUGGGGAUCCCUGCUCUGCUGGACCCGGAGGACAUGGUCUCCAUGAAGGUCCCCGACCGCCUCAGCAUCAUCACCUACGUCUCCCAGUACUACAACUUCUUCACCAACAAGUCCCACGCCAACCCCCCGUGCAUGAAGCGGCCGGCGGGGUCGGGGCAGGGCGAGCCCGCCCAGAAGAGGCUCAUGGCCCCCCAGGAAGACACGGCGCUGGAGGCUGAGCCUGCCCAGACCGGUUUGGGCGGCCCGAGGCUGAAGAGCAGCACUCUGAGCAGCGCCUGCAGCGCCUGCCUGAAGCACGUCCACCUGGUGCAGAGGUUCAUGGUGGACGGGAAGCUCUACCACCGCAACUGCUUCAGGUGCAUCGAGUGCAGCAGCACUUUGCUCCCCGGCUCCUACAAGAUGGGCAAGGAGUCCGGCUCUCUGAUCUGCACGCACCACUUCAACCGGCCUGCCUUAGCCAAUCAGAACGGACGGCCGGACCUGAGCCAGCGGCCCGCCGAAGCCCGCUCCGCCCGGAUUGGUCGAUCCCCGUCGCGCCAAGAAGACCCGCCUCCCGAGAGCGAGCGGGAAAUGGCAGCAGCGCCCGCGGUCGUCUCGCCCGCGGUCGCCGCGCCCGCAGUCGUCUCGCCGGAUCGGAACGUGUUGCCUAGCGACUGUCCGUCAGAGUUCACUCCGUCGCCCACGCCCGCGACUGCCCAAUCAGACGCUCUGAUCAUCGAGGAGGAGGACCCGUCGGUCCCGCCCAACCCCUUCGGGGACAGCGACGAUGAGGAGGAGGAGGAGGAGGAAGAGGAGGCCGGGAACGAGGAGGAGAAGGAGGAGAAGGAGGUGAUCCAGACACCAGCCAAAGAGACGUCUAACGAUGACACGCCCCCGGCCGCCGUGGGUCCCCCGGGGGGGGUCCCCCGGCCGGUGCCGGUGCCGGCGCCACGCAGGGUUCCUGAGGCCACGCCCCCCCCUCGCCCCGCCCCCAGGGCCCGCCCGCAGCCCCCUCCAGAACGCCAGCAGGUCAAAGGUGAGCGUCAGAAGCCUCGGCUGCCGCCGAAGCCCCGGGAACGCUCCCACUCUCCUGGCAGCCAAUCAAUUGACUCCCCUAAACCCAAAGACCCUCCCUGGCUUGCCCUGGUCCAAUCAGAAUCAAAGAAGAAGCCGGCCCCUCCCCCCCCGCCAGCUGGCCUGGCGACGCCCCCCCGCGCGGGCUCUGUGACCUCCCUGAAGGUCGUGGGGUCGCGACCCGGCCUGCCCCCCAAGCCGGCCCCCGCCAACCCCUUCGACGACGACGAGGAUGAGGAAGGCGAUGUCGCCGAAGAGGAGGAAGAGGCCGUUGCCGUGCCGACGGUGGCGGCGGCCGUCCACCCGUGGUACAGCAUCACCCAGGCAACGGAGGCGGAGGCUGCGGACACGCCCCCCGGUGGGGGGGCCACCUCGCGCUCCUCCAGCCCCGGAGGGGGCGUGGCCAGGAAGAGGGCCGCCCCCAGGGCCCCAAGGGCCCCCCCGGCCCCCGAGGCCCCCGAGGCCAUCCCAGCCCCCCCUGACUCCCAGCCUUCCUCUUGCUCCCCCUCCCCAGCACUGAGCGCAGAGAGCCUCUCCUCCGGCUCGGACCACGGCCCCUCCCCCCGGGGCCCCUCCCCCCGGGGCCCCUCCCCCAGCCGGGGCCCCUCCCCCCGGGGCCCCUCCCCCAGCCGGGGCCACUCCCCCCGGGGACCCUCCCCCCGGGGACCCUCCCCCAGCCGGGGCCCCCACCUGGAGCUCCCCUUCACCAAGAGUGCCUCGGAGCCCUCCAUCAGCUCCCCCCCCGCCUCCCCGUCCUCCUGCUCCGACGAGCCCCGCCGCUCUCUAGGCUCCUCCCCUCCCGACGUGCCGACCAAUACCAGCUCGGCGCCGGCCACCCCUCAGACCAAUCGGAGCGAGGCGGCGAGGAGCCCCAGGCAUCCGCCGCCGCCGCGCCCACCGACGGCGACCCCGAGCCCCCUGGCCUCGGAGACCCCCGCCGGCAACAGCAAGCGGCCCUGCAAGGAGAACCCGUUCAACAGGAAGGCCUCUCCGUCCGACGGCGCCGCCAAGACCAGACCCCCGCGAGGCCCCCGGCCUGCCAGACCGCCCGCCCCGGGACACGGCUUCCCCCUCAUCAAACGCAAGGUCCAGUCCGACCAGUACAUCCCAGUGGAGGACAUCCACGAUGAGAUGAGAGGGCUGGAGCGGCAGCUGGAUCAGCUGGAGCAGAGAGGGGUGGAGCUGGAGACCAAGCUCAGAGACAGCCCCAGCGACGAGGAGGAGGAGCGCCUCCUGGUGGAGUGGUUCACCCUGAUCCACGACAAACACCUGCUGGUGCGCCGCGAGGCUGAGCUGGUCUACACGUCGAAGCAGCAGAACCUGGAGGAGAGGCAGGCCGACGUGGAGUACGAGCUCCGCUGUCUCCUCAACAAACCCGAGAAAGACUGGAGUGAGGCGGACCGCACCCGGGAGCAGGGGCUCAUGGCCGACCUGGUCACCGUCAUCGAGCAGAGGAACCAGAUCAUCAACAACAUGGACCAGGACCGACAGAGGGACGAAGAGGAGGAUAAGCUGAUGGCGGACAUGCUGAAGAAGAAAGACUUCCACAAGGAGCCCGACGGCGAGGCGAAGGACAAGGAGAAGAAGAAGAAGAAGAAGAAAGCGGCCAAGUUCAAGCCCAUGAAGGUGUUGAAGCGCCUGAGCCACAAGGGGGACCCCAGCCAAACCCCCAGCCCCCGCAAAGACAAGAGCUGAACCCCAGGGCGUCCCAGGGCGUCCAAGGGGGGGACAGACUGGACCUCUCCUGUACAGUGCUAGCUAGAACCCCACCAGAUGAGUUAAGGUGAACUCCCCCAGAUGAGUUAAGGUGAACCCCACCAGAUGAGUUAAGGUGAACCCCACCAGAUGAGUUGAGGUGAACCCCACCAGAUGAGUUGAGGUGAACCCCACCAGAUGAGUUAAGGUGAACCCCACCAGAUGAGUUAAGGUGAACUCCCCCAGAUGAGUUAAGGUGCGUCCGAGGUGUAAAUCGGCCCAAACCUCUGUUCACCUUCUACCUGCUGGUUGGCUAAAAGAAAACGUAAUUUUUUUGUGAUUUUAAUAUAUUUUCGAUUGCUUUGUGUAUUUUUUUUCAAAAGCUGUCUUAACAGCUGCGGCGUUUGAAUAUCGUCUGGUAUAUUUCUUUAACCGACUUUUAGAUUUUAUCGUAGGCUUGAUUGCACAGUCUAACCCGUUCUCCUAAUGCCUACCUUUUAACGAUGCAACGAGUAAACACAAAACAAGGAGCAGAACACGGAAAGAAUUCAACGUCAUUUUAAUCCUGAGAGAGACUCCCUCGAAUGAACGGUUCCCCGAUACGAGAGGAGGACAAUUCCUUCGGUUUAGUAACAUGUGGUACGAGAACGGUUACAAAUUGUCCCGUGGUCUGAGAAUGUACCAGCUCCCGUUGUGUCUGAUGGUUUAGCGAUGGAAGUGCUACUUGCUGCUAGGCUACUCCGUGUGUGUUGCAGUGCCCCUGUUUCUUUUUGCUGUGUUCUGUGGCAUCGAAAGGCUGACGUUAAUACGUGCUUUGAUAAGAUGUCCCAUGAUGACGGUGUGCAUAAGGCUUGUAAAAAGAGUAUUUUAAUCCUACCAAUUUCUAUUUUGGUGUGUGACUAGAGUGUUCAUAAACUAUUUUGAAUGUAAAAAAAAAAAAAAAGACUAAUCUGCAAAUACCGUUUGAUUUUAUGUAGGGAAAGACUAAAAGACUUUAGGAUUCAAUGUUUAAGCUGCGACGAGGAGUGUCAGAAUAGCAGACAUUAUAGCUCUCCCUGAAUAUGCAACUGUUUUAAUUUAUAUUUUUACAACCUCGAUGUGUUCUGCAUCUGUUUGCAAACUGUUGCCUUAAAAGCGUGUAAAACUGACCUCAGUGUUGACACUGUUAAUUUUAAUGACCGCAAGGUGCCAUCUUAUUUAAGUGUUCCUGUGUGUUGAAAGAAAUGAUUGAUACUUUGUCUCUUCUUGUACAUUUAUCUAGCGCUUCUGUUUCUACGUCUAUGAAUUUGCCCUUCAUCUUAAAUGAAUAAUGCUCCAUG